AGUCCACUAGACGGCGAUGUUUACAUAAACACUCCGGAAACACGACGUCAUAUAUUCGCUAAGAACCCUGGGAUAUAACCGGAAGCUGUUUUGAAGUGUCCUUGUGGUGUUAGCUUGGCUGUGUUUACAUCAUUUAAUGAUGUUUAGGCACAUCAGGACUCUAAGGCAGGUGGCUGCUCGACCUUUUUCUAACAGCGCCUGCCGGCAGGUUGAAAACAAAGUCACUGCCAAGCAGAAGUUGUUUCAGGAGGACAAUGGCUUGCCUGUUCACUUGAAGGGGGGUACGGUGGAUUCCCUCCUCUUCUCUGCAACAAUGGCCCUCACAGUCUUUGGAACUGGAUACGUCAUAUAUGAGUUGUUUAAAGCAGCAAUGCCCAAGAAGAGUGAAUAAAGUUCCUUCAUCAAUGUGUUAAAUGAAAUUUUUUUUUUGUUUGCUGAAACUUUCUGUGUACACAGGAUCAAUAUUUAUUCAUUGUUCUGUGGAUAUAUCUAAUAUGUAAUAAACAAUUCUGUAUUCUGUC